AGGCAUUUCCAUGUUAAAACCUGCGGCGAUAUAAAGAUAAGCAAGUACAAAACAUGCAGCAGGUUCUACUCAACACGAGCCAGUUCACGAGUAUAAAAGGAACAGAACUAGACGAAGAAAGGAAGUAUGAACGACGGAGAAAACAAGUACCAAUUCGGAGACCUGACAGGUUGACAGGCUCGGCUCUUGCGUCAUAUUUGCGCGCCAUCUGCCUCGCUUCUUUGGAGGACAUUGAACAUGGGACACCUUGGAGCUGUAUUUCUUCUGGUCGUGGGUCUCUCCUUCCAUGUUUGGGGCGCUGCGGGUCACUUUGUGCCCGCCUGUCACCAGCAGCGAGAAUUCACGUGCAGCGAUGGCGCAUGCAUCUCCACUCUGAAGGUGUGUGAUGGACAUGCAGACUGUGAGGACCGAUCGGACGAACUCCACUGCAGCCAUGUGUGGUGCACCAAAGGUGAGUUUGCCUGCCAGAGCAGAAGGUGCAUAUCGAUGGAUUACUUAUGCAAUGGUGUGGAUGACUGUGCCGAUGGGAGCGACGAGACUUCCUGCAUGAACUGCACUACUGGUUUCUUUUCCUGUGGGCCGUCUGACGCCUGCCUGCCUAGAAACAGGGUCUGCGACAGGCGGACUGAUUGCCGAGAUGGACGUGAUGAGACCGGGGAGUUGUGUGGUUUAGCUCAAACCCUCCCGCAGGCGUCACCGAGAUGUGCUGCGUCGGAGUUUCCAUGCAAGAACGGCCACUGCAUCCGUCAUACCUGGAGGUGUGACCAGUCGGAAGACUGCUCUGACGGCAGCGACGAGGAAAACUGCGAUCAGGACGAGUGUCUGGUCAAUAAUGGUGGCUGUUCUCAUUAUUGCGUGGAUCAGCCGAUGGGUUUCUUCUGCAGCUGCCCCGACAACAUGAAGCUGGUCAGUGACAGCCAGUGUGAGGAGGUGGAUGUGUGCCUGGAGAGGGACACAUGUGAUCAACUGUGUGUGCACAAUAACAGCAGCUUCACCUGUGAGUGCCAAGAGGGCUACAGGAUGAAUGCAACAACUGGAGAGUGCAAAGCUGAAGGAGAUGAAGCUCAGCUGGUCUUCACCACUUCCAAAGGGAUCCAGCUGAAAAACAUCAGCAGCUCUGAGUACAGGGAAAUGGCACCGCAUGUGCCAGGGCCUCUGGCUGUCAUGAUUUCUAACCGCACACUAUACUGGGCCCAACAAGGAAGAGUCUCCAUUUACAGGAUCUCCAUGGAUAGAAAGCCACAGGAAAAUGUGUUGGUGCUGAAAGUCCAAGAUUCGGUAACGAGCAUGGCGGUGGAUUGGAUCCACCAACUUCUCUACUGGACCAGUAUAGAGAGGGGGUGGGUUAGCGUGGCCUUUCUGGAUGGUUCAGCUCAUCAGCGGCUCAUCACAGGGCUCGACAAACCCUCCGCAGUGGCUGUGGAUCCUCUCCGAGGACUGCUUUUCUGGGCAGAACGUGGCGGCUCCCCAAAGAUCGAAAGCGCCGGUUUGGACGGCUGCGACAGAAAAGCUCUGGUCACUUCCUCAAUACGCCAGCCUGUAGCCCUCUCUCUAGAUAUGCCUCGGCAGCUGCUGUACUGGUUUGACGAGGGAAUGAGAAGAAUCUCGAGAGUAAAUCUAGACGGUCGUCAGCGUAAAACGGUGGUGGAGUCUAACGGCUAUCUGGACAGGGCGUUUGGACUGUCUGUGUUCGAGGGAUUUGUAUAUUGGAGUGACGAAGUUACGCGAUCCAUCUGCCGAGCAAACAAACACAACGGCAGAGACCUCCAAGUGCUUCUGUCUAACGUCACCUCGCCAGGUCGUGUGCUCAUCAUACACCCUGUUCUCCAACCAAAAGGACCCUCCGUUUGUGGACGUCCAAGGGCAGUUUGCCAUCACGAGUGUGUCAUUGACUUGCUGACUCAGGGCCCAAAGUUCAGCUGUGUUUCUCCAGAAAUGGGAAGAAACAAAACAGAGGAAAUUCCUGCAAUCUCUCGUUCAGUUCCUGCAACAGCUUUAUCGGAUCCUACAUUUGUGGGAAUCCUUUCUCUGAUCGUGUUCCUCAGUGUCCUGCUGGUGGGAAUGGCUGUGUGGUGGUGGAGGAAAGAAUUACAACCUUACAGGUCUCUCACUGUGCCGAGCUUCUCCCUGAAGGAAUCCCAGGACCCCCUCAUCAGUCAAGAGCCACCGAUGGGUUUAGACACACCUAUGGUCAAGGAAACUUUGCUUAAGCGGGACUUGGACGGCGAGUGAAGGUUUGACACAAGUGAUCAGCUGACUGGGUUUCUGCCGGUGAACCUCGUGGUGUCCCAACCAGGCAAAGACCUCGGAGCUGAUAGGACAUCAAGGCAGCAAGCAAGCCUGGCUGAUUGUUCCAACUCCCCUGGAAAUUUAAAUCUGUGAUCUGGGAUAAAUAUCUGCAUUUGAAGAGGAGGAAAAGCCUUCACUUUUUAGGAUAUUUUUCGCAUAGCUCUCGCAACUCACUUUGUUUUUGUUAAAGUCAUAGUUUAUUUACUUAAUGGUGAACAAGCACAUCCAGUGUCUUUUUCUUUAAGUAUAUCUAAGAAAUGUUCAUCAGGUUUACUGUUAAGGUCUUCACAUUUCCAUGUGAACUGAAGACGAGGUGAAACUAUGUGUAUGAAGGACACUGGCAGUGAGGUCAUUCUGGUAAUUGACAACACAGUUUGCUGGUUUCUUUGAUAUGUUUUGCACUUUUGAUCAAAGAGAAUGAGCAACUGGAGGACGAGGUUUCACAGAUGAAAUUAUUUAGUCACUAAUAUUUGUUCAUAUUUGGUUUUUGGUUUAGUUGCAUCUUUUUACUGAAUGUUUUGAGUACUUUUUGCCUUAUGUUCAAUUCGCCAAACUUAACUCCAGCAGUAUUACAAGUUUUACUUCCUCACAUCAAGCAGGAAUCAUGCGAGCAAAUGCAUUAAUUUCUUAGACAUUUAGUUUGGCACAUUGUAAAGAGCAUCACCCAAUGUAUGCAUAGUCCUGUUUACACACUCUGUGUGAAUCCUGCAGGGUACAAAGUGCAAAGUGUAGAAGGUCACUCUUGUGUGUUUUCACAGACUGGAUUAAAGCUGAAAGUUAAAUAUUGAUCUAAAAAAUCCAUCCCUACCAGGAUGUUUUUUUUUUUUUUUUUUUUUUUUUUUUUUUCCCCUUCGGCUUAGUUCGAUAACGUUUUGAGAGUUUUCAUCAGUGUUUGACUGCUUUCCCAUUUUCUACAAUAUAACAUCAACUAUCUAGCAGCCAUUUUUGUGCAGCACACGUUUUAUUACCAGCCCAGAAGCUGGCUGAGUUAAACAUUUCAACAUUCCUACCCUGGCUUAUGGCAUCAUUUGGAAUCUGAAUUCAGUUUAAAGUGACCUUUAAAUAAGUAAAUAAAUAAAAGGCUUUUUUCUUAGUCCAUUACCGAGAAGCAGUGCCAACUGUUAGAAAACAAAUAACUGUAUUUAUCCCACUUUUCUUUAAAAUGGAGAAAUAAGUGGUAGCUGGUUCAGUGGCAGCAGUACUGUAACGUAGUGUAAGAAGUCAAAGGAAAAAGGCAAAUAGGAUUUGUGUGUUUGCAGGUUUGGGGGUUUCUUCAUGUUUUUUUGUUUGUGCAUUGAUGCGGUUGUGGUUGAUGCUGUUGAAUGGUUGAAAUGCCUUAUCUGAUUUCAGUCUCUUGAUUUGUUUUUAUCUGUUGGACCUUAAAAAAAAAAAAAAAAAGAUCUAUUGGCAGUAACUGACAAACUGCUGACUUGUAUUGUUAAUAUUUAUUUUGGUGGGUUUAUUUAUUUUACAAUAGUAUUGCAGCUGAUUUUGUGCUGUCUCUGUACUUUACAUAAUUCUGUUAAUUGCUAUAAAUGAGUCAAAGAAUUUUGUUUUCCUACAUUUG